AUGGAUGACGAUAACGACGAUGCUGUUCAGCCUACAAAGGAGACGUUUGAUCGUGUGCUGCGUGAAAGUUAUGCAUUAUGGUCGAGUUAUGUCGACCUGGAAGGCUCUACUUCUCUCCCAAUCCAAUGUAUUGAUCUCAAAGGCAUGCUCGGCCAAACGCCAUCAUUCCUUGGACAUGGGUUGAUUUUCGAAAACGAGCCAGCCCCGUUCAAGUGCACCGAGAGCUCAGGUGGUCUUUAUGUCAAUGGUCAUUCGACUUGGAAGACUUCCAACGGGGAUUGUCAGUUGGGGCCCAAAGAAAUACACCCCAAGCUUCUACUUGCGACUCCAACUGCGAUGAAUGUAGAGCUCUCAGAUUCGGCUCCAUUCGCAGAAUGGCCUGGCGUUCAAAGCCUCGAGGAGUACGACGAGGGUAACUACAUCGCGGUAUUAUUUCUUGCUUGGGCUUAUAUACUGAGUGCUCGAUGGUCUGAAUUGUUGAGUAAAUCUCCAGAGCACCGGUGUAUGAUUGCCUUGAAGGAAGAGGAUCCCCGAUGUGAGGUCCCACUUUCCCAUAGCAGGAUUGAAGUAGACAUCGGAGUUGAUGCCAGUGACGAUGAAGUGCACUGGUGGAAUGUUAUCCUGUCAGUCUAUGAAGGAUGGAGCAUAACGACAGUUUAUAACGGCAGAACUUAUGUCUCACCUUGGGCUUCGUCGAGCGCCAAAAGACAACAGCCUUCUUCAGAUAGGGCUGUGGAGUAUUUAGCCCGUUUCUGCUGCUACAAGCGUUUAUAUGGUCAAUGCUCGGCUGCCUUGUCCGCAGCACUUUGUAUCCCUUUUGUUUGGACCAAAUCAAUAUCACUCCCUGUUCCGAAAAUGAGUGCUACUUCGGGAUGCGCACUUGAGUUACAUUGCUCUCCAGCAACCCACAUCUAUGAGCACUGCGACUUUCUUCCUAGAUACAUGAUGUUAAGCUGUAAUACGUGGGGCAUCCGAUCCCUACUUCACGCUACAUUCUUCAACCCAGACAUCGAGUGUAACUUGGUCGCGGCCUGGAUGAGUGCUGUAUUCGUCGUUAUAGGUCCAGCGACACAGGAAAGGAACAUAGUAAAAUUUCUCAAGAUUCUUGCAAGGCGACUACCGAAGUUAGCACCACUGUGGCUUGGAGCUAUGCUCCUGGAUGAGUUUAAGGCUUUAAAGCCUAUAAAAGCUGGAUGUGUAGCUGUGGAGCUUCACGCCGCGGCAUGGACGGACACGAUAGACUCAUUCAUUACACAGAGCCCAGGGAUAAGUGAUGGCAGAGUAAUCAGACGCGAGGAUGAAUGCCGACUACUUCAUAUCAUCGGCUGUGGUUUCCAUGGUAGACUUCCUGUGUGGCCAUGGAAGCCUUUCGGGGAAACUUUGCUUAAAGAUGCCGAGCCUGAAGUUCAGAAACAUAUCCAGUGCAAUUGCCAUUGUCUGGAGUACUGGGCAUGGUACUGGGAGCUCGUAGACGGCAAAGAGUUGGAAGCCCGUGGGGCUGACGCCCACCAGCCAGGUGACAACAGCACGCAGAUUGAGCCGGUGCCCAAGAGAACUCCAAGUCAGUGGUCCAUUGAUUGCUUAUCAGAUGACUUGUCAGCCGGUACAACACGAGGAAUAUUUGGAUGGUUAAGAUCAACUGGGUAUCCAGCAAAUGAAAGGCAUGUAUACAAGCAUCCUUGGUUUGAUGUUGGAGACUGUGAUGAGGAUGAGAUGUCGGACGAUCGGGAGGAUGGCGGUGAAGUCAACGAGGCAGACAGACGUAAGGCAGUGGAGAGUUGGCUUGAGAAGAGCGUAUGA